UCCCACAAACUAUUUUCUGUGGAAACGAAACUGAUCUGAGUGUCUCUUUCGUCUGUCUGUGUGAGAGUGAACAACCGUCCAAAUGGCUCAACAGGGAGUUCUGCUGGACCAGGACCAGUUCUGUUGUUCUGUCUGUCUGGAUCUACUGAAGGAGCCGGUCACUACUAUCUGUGGACACAGUUACUGUAGGAGCUGUAUUGAGGGCUGCUGGGAUCAGGAUGAUCUGAAAGGGGUCUAUAGCUGUCCUCAGUGCAGAGAGACCUUCAUUCCAAGGCCUAAUCUGAGGAAAAAUAACAUGUUGGCUGAGCUAGUGGAGAAACUGAGGAAGACAGGACUCCAGGCUGCUCCCCCUCCUGCUCUGUUUUAUACUGGACCUGGAGAUGUGGCAUGUGAUUUAUGCACUGGGACCAGAAAGCAGAAAGCCCUCAUGUCCUGUCUGGGGUGUCUGGCCUCUUACUGUGAGACUCACCUCCAACCUCACUAUGAAUCUCCUGCUUUCAAGAAGCACAAGCUGGUCAAAGCCACGGCACAACUACAGGAGAAGAUCUGCUCUCAUCAUGACAAACUGCUGGAGGUUUACUGUCGUACCGAUCAGCAGUGUAUCUGUUAUCAGUGUGUGAUGGAUGAACAUAAAGGCCAUGAUACAGUGUCAGCUGCAGCAGAGAGGACUGGGAAACAGAGGCAGCUGGGGAUGAGUCAGCAGAAGGUCCAGCAGAGAUUCCAGGAGAGAGAGAAGAAGCUGAAGGAGCUCCAACAGGCUGUGGAGUCUUUCAAGAAAAGGGGGUUUCAUUAUCUCUCGUUGGAAUGUCCCCGGAGACUGUGGUAUCGGGGAGAGCAGUAUAAAAGUAUCUGGAUUAGGCCAUAAACAGACUUCCAGAUAAGUGAGGCCUUGUUCAGCUGGAGACUGGAGCACACUGCAGUCCCUUUCAGGUCCAUAUGGUUUUACUGCCCUCUGCUGGGGACUGGAGCACACUGCAGUCCCUUUCAGGUCCAUAUGGUUUUACUGCCCUCUGCUGGAGACUGGAGCACACUGCAGUCCCUUUCAGGUCCAUAUGGUUUUUACUGCCCCCUGCUGGAGACUGGAGCACACUGCAGUCCCUUUCAGGUCCAUAUGGUUUUACUGCCCUCUGCUGGAGACUGGAGCACACUGCAGUCCCUUUCAGGUCCAUAGGGUUUUACUGCCCCUUGCUGUGACGGAUCCAACAAAUAUCCCCAGGUCCCAUCUCAUCCAACACAUCAAUGACUCUUAUAGGAGGGAGGGAGCAUUACUCAUGUUAAGCUAUGGAAUGAACUGGACAUUUUAUGGUGAAUUUUAAUACAGAUUUACUUUAAUACAAUAAUAAUUCCUUGAAUGUAAUUAGUUUGUGUUUUGUAAUUAUGUUAUUGAAACAGAAUAAGUCAGUAAUGAGGGAAUAAAUAAGUCCAGUCCAAC